GCCGUACCUCGGGCGCUACCGGAGCGCUGUUUGUUACCUCCCCGUAGCCCCCCGGGGCUUCUCCGUGCUCUUGUGCGGCCUUUUGGAGCCGUGUCCGGUAUCGCUACCGCGUUAAAAGUCGAAUUAAUGAACCCCUAAGGGCCUGCAAAUUGCUUGUUUUGUAGUGGCUGCUUCCCCACAGCUGUGUUUGGUUGGGUUGGAGCAUGGAGCCCAUCUCCCUGGCAGAACCAGCCAUUCCUGCAGGAAACAGCUCGUCUGUGGCACAGGGAAAAUUCCAUGUGCUGGUGGGAGUGACUGGAAGCGUGGCUGCCCUCAAGCUGCCCCUGCUCGUCGCAGAAUUGCUGAAAAUCCCUGGGCUCGAGGUGAAGGUGGUCACUACUGAGAGAGCAAAACAUUUCUACAAUGCCCAGGAGAUUCCUGUGACCCUCUAUGGUGAUGAAGAGGAGUGGCAGCUGUGGAAGGGCCGCUCUGACCCCGUCCUGCACAUUGAGCUCCGGCGCUGGGCUGACCUCAUGGUGGUGGCACCUCUGGAUGCCAACACGCUGGCAAAGGUGGCCAAUGGCAUCUGUGACAACCUGCUGACCUGCGUGAUCCGUGCAUGGGACCUGAGCAAACCCCUGCUCUUCUGCCCAGCCAUGAACACGGCCAUGUGGGAGCAUCCCAUCACAGCUCGGCAGGUGGAGCAGCUGAAGAGCUUUGGCUACACAGAGAUCCCCUGUGUGGUGAAGAAACUCGUGUGUGGAGAUGAAGGCCGAGGUGCCAUGGCAGAAGUGUGGACCAUCGUGGAAAGAGUUAAAAGGAUCCUUGAAGAACGGGAUGUGCCAAGGCAAAGCUGAUGUUUUGGCAUGUAAAUGGUGGUUUUUGUGCCUUCCUGAUGGUUUGGAGAUAAAGGCAGCAGGAAGCUGGGCUCAGCUACCCUGGUACCCAUGGCAUGCAUACCUUGAGCUGCUCUUCAACAGAAGGAGUCAACGGUUGUCUUCCAGCUGGUGCCAAACUGAAAUGUGGUACAUCACCACACACUUUCAAAAACCAGAGCCAAGAAUGUGCUGCUUUAGUGUGGAAAACCCUGUGGUAUCUUGGGAGUAACGUUCCCAAGGCUGCUCAGCCCCCAGUGCUUCACACCUGCUCCGUUCUGGGCAGGCUGCAGAAUGUGUUUGAGCUCCAGUGGUUCUGAAGAGGAAAAGGCCCUGCAAAUUCUGGUAAUUCCAGCCCCUUCUAGCAAGUGUCUCUUGGAGCAUUCCUGCUCUCCAAAGCCUGUGCUGGCUGCAUAUUCCUUCCCAGCAGGAGUCACUGUCUAAAAAGCAAUUUUCCCUUUGGGAACUUAAUAAAAAAGAAUUUUUAAUCCUG